AUGACUCGCCUAGGGUGUUGGCUAGCAGUAGCCGCUCUGGUGGCCCUCGCCGGACUUGCAGAUGCUGGAUCCAACUGUUCCGCCGCCGACGCCACUAGAAACUGCAUCGAUGGACUUGUUGUACCAAUUUGGAGGCCAUUCUUGGAUCUGACGACAGGCGACCGAGUACUUCGUGGAGUACUGUACUUCUUCGUCAUCGCCUACAUGUUCUUGGGUAUCUCAAUCGUCGCCGACAGAUUCAUGAGCUCCAUCGAAGUGAUCACAUCAAUGGAACGAACGAUUGUAGUGAAACGACCGGGACUCGACCCGAUGGAAGUACAAGUGCGCAUUUGGAACGAUACCGUUUCCAACUUGACACUUAUGGCCCUCGGUUCAUCUGCCCCAGAAAUUUUGCUUUCUAUUAUUGAGGUUAUCGCUAGAGGAUUCGAAGCUGGAGACCUUGGACCAAACACCAUCGUCGGUUCAGCCGCUUUCAAUCUAUUCAUGAUUAUCGCCAUCUGCGUUGUCGUUAUUCCAAAAGGAGAAAUCCGACGUCAGAAGCAUUUGGAUGUAUUCUGCGUUACCGCCACCUGGUCCAUCUUCGCCUACGUCUGGCUCUACCUGAUCCUUGCCUUCUUCUCCCCAGGAGAGAUUGAGAUCUGGGAGGGACUUCUCACCUUUGUCUUCUUCCCAUUGACCGUCGGAACUGCCUACAUGGCCGACAUUAAGAUCAUCCAGAACAGAUUCUUGCCACACAGAUACCGCAGAGGUUCUCAUGGACAGAUGAUCGCCACAGAGGCUGAGGAGAUGAAGAUGUUGGAGAACGGAUCCCCACAAGGAGCCGAUCCAGCACUCAAGGCUUUCGAAGAGCAUAGACAAGAAUUUAUCGAGUUGAUGAGAGAGAUCAGAAAACAGAAUCCACACAUUACCCCAACCGAACUCCAAAAGCAAGCCGAGUACGAAAUGAUCAGCAGAGGACCAAAGUCUCGGGCUUUCUACCGUGUCCAGGCUACUCGCAGACUCAUCGGAGGAGGAGAUAUUGUAAAGAAGAGAAUCGACAAAGAGCACAACAAGGCUCUUGAUGCUUUGGUACAGGCACAAGAGAAGCAGUUGCGUGACAACACUUGCAAGAUCUUCUUGGAUCCAGCUCACUACACUGUUCUUGAGAGUGUCGGAUCUUUCGACGUUGUUGUUGGAAGAGAUGGAGGACCAGACGGUCUCACUGUUAUGGUUGACUAUUUCACCGAGGAUGGAACUGCCAAUGCCGGAAGUGACUACAUUCCAGUCAAGGGAACUUUGACUUUCUACCCAGAAGACAAACAUCAAAAGGUCACAAUCGAAGUUGUGGAUGACGACGUUUUCGAAGAGGACGAGCACUUCUACCUUCGCCUCACCAACCUUCGUGUCCGCACCAAGGACGGAAUUAUCAUCGAUCCAACCAGAAUCGGAGGACUUCCAGUUGCCCAACUCGAGAUGCCAAACACAGCCACCAUCAUGAUUCUCGAUGACGAUCACGCCGGAGUCUUCGGAUUCGACCAUGAUCACUUCCAAGUUGUUGAGAACUGCGGACACUUGUCACUCCAGAUGAAGAGACACUCUGGUGCACGUGGAAAGGUCGUCAUUCCAUUCAGAACCAUCGAAGGAACUGCUCAAGCCGACAAGCACUUUGAGAUGAAGGAAGGAGAGAUCGUUUUCGAGGAUAACCAAACCGAAGCCACGAUCGACAUCGGAAUCAUCGACACCGAACAAUACGAACGCUCCGACUACUUCUACAUCGAGCUCUCCCCACCAAUCUGGGCCAAGAAGAUGAAUGACUUGUCACGCAUCCAAGAGCGCUUCCAACGUCGUAUGGAACGCAAACGUGGAUCUUCAGUUGCUUCAGAAUCCAAGGACUCGAACACCGAAACCGCACUUGCUCCUACCGACAAGUCGACGAGAGCCGCCAGUGUCGACUUGCUGCAACCAUGUUCGGAUCCACGCCGCUCGUCACAAUCCAACUCACCUCACCUCACAAGUCGAUUCAGAAAUCGUCUUGGUUCAUGGAUCGCUGGAAUGAAAGGCGGUAACGGAGAUGAUGAGGUCACAACUGCCUUGACUCCAUCACAACUUGAAAUCGCUGAGAUGGGAAAACCAAGACUCGGAGAAUUCACCAAGUGCCAAAUCACUAUUAGAGAAUCCAAGGAAUUCCAGGGAAUCGUCGACCGCAUGAUCAAGAAUGCCAACACUCGCAUCAUGCUCGGAACUCACUCAUGGAGAGAACAAUUCAUGGAGGCUCUCGUUGUCUCCGCUGGAGACGAUGAUGAUGAUGAUGAGGAAGGAGAUGAUGGAGAGGAGAAGGAGCCAGAGGAGCCAGGAUGCAUGGACUACUUUAUGCACGUUCUUACCGUUCCAUGGAAGCUCACCUUUGCCACCAUCCCACCAACUGACUACAUCGGAGGAUGGGCCACAUUCGUCGUUGCCAUCUUCAUGAUCGGAGUGCUCACCGCUGUCGUUGGAGAUCUUGCCUCUCAAUUCGGAUGCUGGGUUGGGCUUAAGGAUGCCGUCACCGCCAUCUCUUUUGUCGCUCUCGGAACCUCUGUCCCAGAUACAUUCGCCUCAAAGGUGUCUGCCGUCCAAGACAAGUACGCCGAUAACGCCGUCGGAAAUGUCACCGGAUCCAACGCUGUCAACGUAUUCUUGGGUAUCGGAAUCGCCUGGUCAAUGGCAGCCAUCUACCACUGGAACAAGGGAACCAAGUUCUUGGUUGACCCAGGAAAUCUCGGAUUCUCCGUAUUGAUCUUCUGCGUUGAAGCUCUGUUGUGUAUUGCAGUUUUGGUGUUGAGAAGAAGCAAGAAGGUUGGAGGAGAGUUGGGAGGACCAACUGCUUUGAGGUGGAUGACCUCAAUGUUCUUCUGCUCACUCUGGUUAAUGUAUCUUCUCCUCUCCGCUCUCGAGGCCUACUGUAUCAUCCCAGGCUUCUAA